CUCUCUUCGCUUUUGUUCCACAGUUCGGCCACAGCGACAGCCACAGUCACCGGAUUUGCCGAUUCGACUGCUUCAUUGCCUGCUCCUGUCAACGGGCAAGCCGUGGUCUCGUCCAGACGACACAAUGGCUUGGAAAAAAACACGACAAAAGACACAUACUACUGCUCAAACGUAGUACCCUCAGUAGUAACUUCGCCAACAACUGAAUUGGUCGGUGACGCCUGGCCAGAGCUGCUACCAUCCGAGCUGAAAGUCCUGACCUCUUUGGGGACGAGUUCACAGCAAAUGGAGCGGAGCAGAUGCGGUCACAGUGGAGCUCCUCGGACUUGGUGCAUGGGAAAGGCACCGGGCUCAAUGCAAAGCCUGACACGUCUGGAAGGUAUGCAAAUUCAGUACUGGUCUCUAGAUAGACCCUAG